AACAAGUCAUCUCGUCUCUGCGAUGCCAAGUGCAAAGUCGUCGCCGCUUCCUGCACGCGGCCUCGUCUCGGGUACCUCCGAGCUCUGCAGCGCCACAGCUGCCCUUCGAGAAGCCAGCAAUGCGCGCCGUCCGCACACGCCGGCGCCGCGCCGUCCGCACACGCCGGCGCCGCCCCGGUCGCGCCGCCGACUCUGUAGCGAAAUGCGGCUGCAGGUCGACCGGCUCGCGAUCGUGCAAUCGGGCGACGUCCGCUUCGCCGUCUGCGUUCCGUGCAAGCUCGUUCUUAGCGUCGACGUCCCGCGCAUCAUCGAGCAUGUGUAUGGCGCAUGCAGCCAGCCAUUUCCACGGACGGUGCCCCAAGCGCAGGUGACGCAGGCGCUCGUCGCGUCCAACCUCUCGAGCCCGACAGCGAUUGCAGCCUCGCCGUACCGAACGCCAAGCGGAGACCCAGUUCCGGCACUACCUCUGUACCCAUCGACCCGCGGCUUCCGAUGUACGCGCGCCGCCUGCGUCUACUUUGCGCAUGACGAAGCAACGAUGCGACGACACGUCAAGAACCAUGGCACCAAGCCGGCUCUCGGCACGACGUUUGCGCGCUGCAAGGUCCAGCAGAUCGCCAAAGGCAAGUACAUCUCGGUGAGUUUGGCACAUGGCGGCGACGGCCCGCUCGCAACGCCGUUGCGAAUGACGCGUUUGGUGUCAACAAGCGACGCGCCACUGACACCGAGUACAACUACGACUGGUCGGACGCCGACUGAAGGACCGUCCACCAAGCACAUUGCACCAGCGAUCAACGAUACUACCAAGGCUGUGGUGCCGCCCACAAAGGUCGUGACGCAGCCCAUGGCACCCACAAUGGCCACGUCGGUAGCAGGUCGAGAGCCCGUGACAGCACCAGAAGAAGCGGCUGCAAGAGAGACAACGACCCAGCGGCAGGUCAGCUGGCCGUACCGGUUCAGCAAACGCGCGACACAAAAUUUCAUCGAUCUCUCGAGGAGCCCGCCUGUCGUUGUGGACCUCACUCUGAGCGACGACGAGUCCGAGUCGGACUUUGAUCUGCCGCUGAGCCCGCGCUCGUACGCGGACUUGUGUCAACGCGCAAGGAACGCUACCGACACGUAUAAUGUCUAACUUGAUAUGUUGAUACGAUCGAGUGCAGUAGCUUGUCCUCCGCCAGAGUCUUUCGCAGGACGCUACGCUCAACACAUCUGAAUAUGUACAUAAAUCAAGCAAAACGCCCAGUCCUAGUA